AGAGCUGGGCUGAAGAAUAUUGCAAAUACUCUGAUGGCCAAGGCGUUGCAAGAAUGCCCCAAUUCAGGAAUCCUGUGGUCAGAGGCAAUUUUCCUUGAAGCGCGACCGCAACGAAAGACCAAGAGUGUGGAUGCUCUCAAGAAGUGCGAACAUGACCCACAUGUCCUGUUGGCUGUGGCCAAGUUGUUCUGGAGCGAGCGUAAAAUCACCAAGGCCCGAGAAUGGUUCCACCGAACAGUGAAGAUAGACUCUGAUCUGGGGGAUGCCUGGGCUUUCUUUUACAAAUUUGAGCUCCAGCACGGCACAGAGGAACAACAAGAAGAGGUGAGGAAGCGCUGUGAGAACGCCGAACCUCGCCAUGGAGAGCUCUGGUGUGAUGUCUCCAAGGAUAUAGAGAAUUGGCAGAAAAAGAUCGGAGAGAUUCUUGUGCUUGUGGCAGCCAAGCUUAAAAAUACCUUCUAGAGUCUGCUGGCUUCAGCUGCCUUCGUCACCUCUGUAGGACUUGUCUGCUUACCUGCUUUCGGUGCGUUUGCCCUUCUGGUGGCACAGAUUUUGGAGGACAGGAGAUCGAUGGCGAUAUGAAAGAUCUUUCUUCCAAAAAAAAAAAAAGCUGCUUCCUUCUCUUCCCAGCGAUAGCUCUCUCGGCUCACACAACGCGGUCAUCAGCUUCCGCAGCACA